UCUCUGCAAAGAGCACAAACACUACUGCCCAAUGUACUCCUGAGACUUGGUGGAGAAAUGGCCUCAGAAAACAUGAACAUUGCUGCCCUGGGUCGACCUUUCACCCUAGGAAUGCUCUAUGAUGCCCGGAGAGAUGAACUGAUCCCAGGUUUGACAUUGUGGGAUGAUAAAACUUUACAAGGCAAUAUAACUGAAAGCUCUCAGCCCUUCAGUGACUUUGACAUGACUGCUUCUGACUCCACUGAAUCCAAGUGCACUCUGCUGGAUGUUGAUGCUUCUCUGAAGGCCAGUUUCCUGAGUGGACUGAUUGAAGUCGGAGGAUCUGCCAAGUAUCUGAAUGAUCAGAAGAAAUUCUACAAUCAGAGCAGAGUGACGUGUCAGUACAAAACUACCACCAACUUCAAGCAGUUAAUGAUUGAACAACUAACCAUGGAAACCCAACAGAUGGAUGUCAUUGAGAAGAGCUCAGCAACACAUGUAGUCACAGGCAUCCUUUAUGGGACAAAUGCUUUCUUUGUGUUUGACAGUGAGAAGUUAAAGGCCAGCAGCGUUCAGGACAUCCAGGGCAGCAUGCAAGCUGUGAUAAAGAAGAUUCCUAAAUUUAAUAUUGAGGGGCAAGUUGAUCUUAAGCUGACUGAUGAAGAAAAUGCCCUGACACAGAAAUUCUCCUGCAAAUUCUACGGAGACUUAAUUCUUGAUAGCAACCCUGCAACAUUUGUAGAGGCAGUGAAUGCCUACAAACAACUACCAAAGCUACUGGGAGAAAAAGGAGAGAAGGCUGUUCCUGUGAAGGUCUGGCUGAUGCCGCUGAAGAAUUUCAACUCUGAAGCUCCUGAACUGAAGAAAGAGAUCAGCCAUGGUGUAGUUGGAAAGGCCCAGUAUAGUCUAGAUAAAUUAAGGGAAAUAGGAAUGAGAUGCAACGAUUCUCUGGAAGACAAAGUGGUGGAGCAGUUUCCUGUGAUUCGAGAAGAGUUGAGAACUUUCCAAACAUUGUGUGGUAAUUAUGCAACUAAACUCCAGCAGGCCUUGGCGAAGAAACUUCCCUCCAUCCGUGAAGGAAAAAAAGAUGAGAGCUCACUGAACCAACUCUUUGAAGACAGAGACAAGUCACCAUUCAGUCAGGAAAGACUAACUAAGUGGCUGGAUCGUAAAGAGAGAGAAAUCAACAUCAUCAGAUCCUGUGUAGAUACCAUGGAGGGAAUAAAGAUCAUCCAAAAUCAGACAGCGCUGGACAGACAGGUUCUUGCUCCAGGUGUAGAAGAUGCUCUGUGCUUUGUUUUCACUUCAGUGGAAAGGGGUGAUACCGACCUUGAUGUGAUGGCCGACUACUUGCACUUCCCUAAAUUAGGAAGUACCAAUGAAGAUCCAUGGUACUACUCAGGGGAAGUUUUCACCAAAAUGAGAGAAAAAGCCAAAGCAUUCCAUCACUUUGCCAAAGCGCUGAAGAACAACAGUCGAUUCUGUUUCGUCAUAGCAGCCAUUGCAAACAAGAACUACACAGGAGCAACCAUCUACCAUUACAAGAACGGCAAUCUGGUCAGUGAAGAUGUUUCAAACCUUGAACUCCCUCCUGUGGAGAACAUCACAGAGAGAAGAGAUCUGAUCUGGUAUGCCUGUGAUCUCAACCUGGACCCAAACACUGUAAACGGCUACCUCACUCUGUCUGAGGGAAAGAAGAAGGCAACAUGUGGAGAAUGGCAGUCAUAUCCUGAUCACCCAGAGAGGUUUGAUACAGCGACUCAGGUGUUGUGCAAAGAGAGCUUAUCUGGGAAACAUUACUGGGAGGUGGAGUGGAGUCAGUGUUCUGAUCAAUCUGUUUAUGUUGCCGUUGCAUACAGUGAUAUUGACAGAAAAUCGAACAGUUCAGAAUUUGGAUAUAAUGCUGUAUCGUGGACUUUAGGCCAGAAAUCAGGCGUAAUCAGAGCAUAUCAUGAUGACAAGAGAGUGAGCGAAAUUCCUUUUCCCUCUGAUGGCUGUAACAGAGUUGGGGUGUAUCUGGACUGGCCUGCUGGCACUCUGUCCUUCUACAGAGUCUCCUCUAACACACUGAGGCACCUCUACACCUUUCACACCACAUUCACUGAGCCUGUUUACCCAGGACUCUGGGCUUAUUACAAAACCAACUUUGCGUACCUGCGUCCAGUUGAACAAGGGCAGUGAUGGAGACCUGUUAGAUUCUUGGUCUAUAAAUAGUGAUAUGGGUUUACAAUUUAUCUUGAACAUGCUUCACAAAUUUAAACAAUGCAUUCAAACCCAGAGGUACCAGGAAAAUUGAUGAUGUAAUCAAUAGGUGGCUGUAUGUGUGAUUUUCUGUCAAUAUGUUCAUGUUGAUUUGAUGCACAGCCUUCUUCUGGAACUGGUUAGUACUUCACAGAUUCAUAAUAUGUUUAAACUUUCAUUUUUUGAUGGAUAAGAUAUAUUUUUAAUAGUACAUUUCUGUUCUAAUUCUUGAUACUUAAUGACAAAGAGCUUUUAUUGAUACACAAUUUCUUCGUCAACACUUCUAUGUUGAAAUUAUCGUGUUGGUGAUGGGAUAUAAAUUAGCGUAAGUGCCUUUUUGAUUUAUUUAGCAUUUUCUUUUUU